GCACUGACCCGGCGGAGAAGCAACAGCAGUAGCGAGUGGCGCGAAUCCCGUAUGCGUAAUGCCGGAGCCGCUGCUGAAGCGUUUCCCGCGGCGACGAACGGCCGUCAUCGCGGUCGGCUAGAGCUCGAGACGAUUGCCCGCGCGUUGUCGGUCGUUGCGAGCGACGCGCUACGGAAUCGUCCGAGAGAUCGGAUAAGCGCGAUGCACGGCGCGACGUUGCGGCGCGCGAUGCCGAACGCCGUCGCGGCCGGAGCGCUGUUCUGAGAGAGUAGCUUCGCACGAGCUGCCUCUCGCACCUUGCUUACUCUCGCCCGCGGCAGUUCCGCGGAACGGCCAAGUCAGGUGGAUCGUCGGACAGGCGGGCGAGCCGGCCGGCUCCACCGGACGAGAAAUCGGCACGCGUCGCACCUGAGGACCACGUGAUAACUCCUCUCAGAUCAUUGGUUCUUUGUGGCGAAAACAGACAAGACAUGGAGGAGUGGCUGAACGCAAUUAGAACAGCGACAGAGAGUCGUUCUCAGGGUGAUCCUGGAACUGCCGAGUUACUAGGUGGUAACCAUCAGUGGUAUGCAACUAGUCAUGCCAGACCUACGUAUUGCAAUGUCUGCAGGGAUGCUCUGCAUGGUGUUACUUCCCAUGGUUUAAGUUGUGAAGUGUGUAAAUACAAGGUGCACAAGAGAUGUAGCGCAAAAGCAAUAAACAAUUGCAAGUGGACCACUUUAGCAUCCAUUGGAAAAGAUAUUAUUGAGGACCAAGAUGGGAACAUCACAAUGCCACAUCAGUGGAUGGAGGGAAAUUUGCCGGUGUCCUCAAAAUGUUUUAUCUGUGAGAAGACUUGUGGCUCUGUACUUAGGCUUCAAGACUGGCGGUGUUUAUGGUGCAGAGCAACCGUACACACAGCGUGCAGACCUGCCAUAAGUAUCAAGUGUCCACUAGGGCCAGCUAAACUCAGUGUAGUGCCUCCUACGGCUUUGCAUAGUAUAGGUAGCGAUGAAGCCUGGGAAGCAGUUAGACCUACGGGAUGCAGUCCACUUUUAGUAUUCGUAAACAGUAAAUCUGGUGACAAUCAAGGCAUUAAGUUUCUUAGGAGAUUUAAACAAUUACUGAAUCCCGCACAAGUGUUCGACCUUAUAAAAGGAGGACCAGGUCCAGGAUUAAGACUGUUCCGUCACUUUGACCCUUUCCGGAUUUUGGUGUGCAGCGGGGACGGAUCCGUAGGAUGGGUUCUUUCGGAAAUCGAUCGUUUAGGAAUGCACGCGAAGCAAUGCCAGGUUGGAGUACUGCCUUUAGGAACGGGGAAUGACUUAGCGCGUGUGUUAGGCUGGGGUGCAUCGUGCGACGAUGAUACACAUUUACCUCAGUUACUGGAGAAGUAUGAAAAAGCAGGCACAAAGAUGCUGGAUCGGUGGAGCAUUAUGACAUUCGAGCGCAGCAUAUCUCUGCCAUGUCACAAAGUGACUUUGCAUCAGCCUGACCCGGCUAUAAAAUUGAGCUUAGCUCACCAGUACGAAGACAGCGUUCUUGCUCAUAUAACAAACAUUUUGCAAUCUGAUCAAGACAACGUAGUUAUAUCUAGUGCCAAAGUUUUGUGCGAAACAGUAAAAGAUUUUGCAACGCAUAUACUGGAAGCCAGUCUAAACACAGGGGACCAACAAUUGGGAGAAAAAUGCGAAGUACUUCAACAAAAACUCGAUCUAUUGCUGCAGACAUUGUCGAAGGAGGAGAGUUAUUUAUUCGAUAACGGGGAGGAAACUGACGCUGCUACUAUAAAAACCGAUACGGUGAUGAGCAGUAACCAAGAGAAAGGGGCCCUGGAAAAACCGGAGAAGGAAAUGACAAAUCUAAAGAGAGUCAGGAAAAGAAGAUGUUACAUGGAGAAGGAUGCUGUAAUGUCUAGAGCGAAUAGCUUGAAAAGAGCCAUCAGAAGACUGGUGGAACACACGGAAUUGGCUAUCGAUGAGCAGAACAAUCCUUCGGACGAGAAACCAUGUAGUAAGAUGCCAAACAUCACCAUAACAUCCGACAGUUCCCCGAUAAAUACGACGGGUAAAAAACAGCAAUUAGAUAUCCCCGGCUUACAAACUGACCAAAUUGACAACUUCAGUUUAAUGCCAACCAUAGACUCCGCCAGCAGCUUGGAUAUUUCACCAUGCCCCAGCCCUACUCCUAACGUGGCAUCUUUAAGCCCAAUGCCGGAUUUGAGAAGAGACUCGCAACCCGAAGAGCUAUUGACUCUCCCAGCGCCUGACGGGUUCGCCGACAGUAGAAGAAAUAGCGAGAACAUGCCGCAAGGAGCUUUCAGUUUUGACGGGCCAGCAAUGCAAACUGCCGGCAAUCAGCUGGCAGUACAGGCUGAUAACUUUCUGUCAUCCGAACUCACACAAAUAGAAGCGUCUUCCGACCUCCCGGUGACAGUGACGAGGACUACCUUAGAUACAAGUACACCGUCAGACGACGCGACCACCAUUCAAGACACUAUCGUUUCUCCUGACACAGAUUCGCUUCAUUCUAGAAAUAUUUCGCCAGAACCUCACGCACAAAAGCCCUCGAGGGCUAGGGUAGAGCCGAGAGGCAGCUGUACCAACAGCAUCAUCAGUACGGACAGCAUAGUCUCCGACACGUUGGACUCGAGGAGCUACACCGUUCGGAACAGCGAGAGCGAAAUCGGUCAUAUAGACAGCGACAUAUUUGAUUCGUCGAAAAAAUCGGACAGCUCGGAGAUUGGACACAUCGACUCGCCGGAUAAUUCCGACAUGUUCUCCAGCGAGACUCAACACUCGGAGAGCGUGAUAGACGAUCUCAGUUCCCUUGGGCAGGACUUGAUCAGUACAAUACUGGCCGAAAGGUACGAUUCUGUUAGAGAAUGCUUGGAGUCCGAGGAGAUCGAGAAACCGCAGAAAUUUUGCAGUUUAGCACAGUUCGUCGAAGGAAACGACAUCGCGAGGCAGUCAUUCAAAAAGGGCCCGAGAAAUAUAAAGACGGACAGAGAAGCGAAUAUCGAGCAGGGAAUAUUCAAUAAAUACAAAACGGACGGCCUGGCAACGUGUGUGCGUGUAUCGGGAAACAAGUCGAUGCAGCCCGUGGAGACGGUGCCCGCAGCGUUCGGGAGUGUUGAAAGGGAAAAAGCGUCCGAUUUGCUGAGCCCGGUAUGCUGCUUCACCGUCUCAUCGGACAACACGCCGGCCAACGAGAAAUAUUCCACAAAUUUCCCACCGACGAUCAGCGUCAUCAUCGAUCCGCCAAGCCCGUCGAUGUCGAUUGAGAGCCACCAGGAGCUUAACUUGGAUUACAACCUGGACCCGCAGAUGAAGCAAUACAGCGGCAGCAGUAUGGAAAGACUGAGCGUGGAGCUGCCCGAAUCGGGCUUUUCUCCGCAAGCCACACGACGUAUCAGCAGCGGUAGCUUACUGAAGGCAUCAGAGGUUGUAUCGUUGGCGGCUACCACGGCUCGCCUGGGCGGUUCGAGCGUAAGUUUGCGCAAUGAGAGAGCGAAGUCGAUGGACAAGACGGAGGAUGUGAAGAAGCUUCCGAUAAUAAAUCCUCUGGUCCGACUGCCCAUGUGGCCAAACGUCAGUGGUGGGGCUGGCCUCAUCAGUCAAGCGUUACUGGCGAACGCGGAUGCUCUCUGUGCAGCGGUAUCACCGUUGAUGGAUCCGGACGAGACAUUGAUGGAAGGUUACUUCGAGCGAUGUGUCAUGAACAAUUACUUCGGAAUCGGCAUAGACGCGAAAAUCAGUCUCGACUUCCACCAUAAGCGAGAGGAGCAUCCUGAGAAGUGCCGGUCGCGCGCGAAGAAUUACAUGUGGUACGGCGUUCUGGGAUCUAAACAGUGGCUACAGAAGACCUACAAGAAUCUCGAGCAGAGAGUUCAACUGGAGUGCGAUGGUCAGAGGAUACCGUUGCCAUCUUUGCAAGGAAUCGUCGUGUUAAAUAUACCAAGCUUUAUGGGCGGUACGAACUUCUGGGGUGGUACAAAGGAGGGAGAUCUGUUUCUAGCACCGUCGUUCGACGAUCGUAUAUUGGAGGUGGUGGCGGUCUUCGGGUCCGUUCAAAUGGCCGCGUCGCGGCUCAUUAAUUUGCAACAUCAUAGGAUAGCUCAGUGCCAGACUGUUCAGAUUAAUAUCCUGGGAGAAGAGGGCGUCCCUAUACAGGUGGACGGUGAGGCUUGGGUUCAACCACCCGGAAUUAUAAGGAUUAUACACAAAAACCGCAUGCAGAUGCUUUAUCGAAAUAGGGCGCUCGAAACAUCGUUGAGAGCGUGGGAAGAGAAGCAACGUAACACGUUGAGCGUCGUAACACAAUCGACCUCUACUCUGAGCAGUACGUUGCAGUCGCAGUCUAGAGUACAGUUGCAAAUAAGCGGCAAGCCUUCGCAACUGAAUGAAGAGGAACUCAACAUUCUGUUCAGCUUCAUCGAAGCUGUGACCACUUUGGUGAAGUGGGUGAAACUACUGAUUAUAUCGCAUCCAAGCUUGGAGCCGGAUUUGUACCAGGUUGCCUCGCGAACAGCCCAAGCCCUCGAGCAAGUACAUCCGGACGGUAAAAUCUUACAAGGGGUGAGUUUGAGACCCAUGGUGACCGAAUUGGUAUCAAGCUCCCGACAAUUGUACGAAGAAUCCUGCGAAUUGCUACGCGAUAAGGCCCAUAAUUUGCAGAGGCUACGAGAGGACUUGGAAAACAAAUUAUCCCUGGCUCUGGCUGGUAUGGAACAAGAGUUGCGAAAGUGCACUUUUGACGAGAGAGGUACGGGACUGGUUUACUUGCAGAACAUUGUCGUGGACGAUCAGGGUGAUAAAAAAAAUCGUCAUCGAGGGUUGUUCUGGUUAAAGUUCCGUCGCUUCACCGGCAACUCGAGCACCCAUCCGGCGCGGGAGCAGGUCACCACGUGGGGCGUGCAGGAGGUCUGCACCUGGUUAGAAAAUCUGCAGUUGGGCGAGUACGCGGACAAAUUCGUGUCGCAUGAUAUACGAGGUAGGGAGCUGCUGACGCUAGCCCGCCGCGAUCUGAAGGAGCUGGGCAUCUCCAAGGUGGGGCACGUUAAGCGCAUCUUGCAAGCCAUCAACGACCUUAACAACUAAGUCGCACGAAGAGCGUUAGCAUUGAGUUUACGUGUCUACUGAGAGCGAGGAUACGAUAUUAUCCUCUGUGCAUCAUUCCAAACAAGAGAAAUGUGCAACUAUAAGUUGUUUGAGCAAGAGAGAGAGAGAGAGAGAGAGAGGGAGGAAGAAUAAUUUGAAUAUUUGACAAAGAGAACUUUCUUAAAUCUGCUAGAUCCACAUAGAGGAUAGGUAGAGAGAGACAUUGUUAUAUUCUUGCCCUAAAUGUUAAUUACUUCAACUUCUGAGACAAACGACAUCAUGGGUACUAAAGAGGACAAUAUUCGUCACGACGAAUAUUGCUCGCGGCGAGUCCUUCCGGUGUUGUUGUUCGAAGGGAGGAACCACUUCGUCUGUGCCAAAGAAUAUUUAUUCUAUAUUAGAAGUCACACGAAGAAAAGCAAAAGGUAAACUUGUCAACUCGUCGACAAAUUUACGGCGCGAUUCUAUUUAUAUACACAUACCACUCAUAUAUACAUGCACAAAUAUACACGCGUUCACACAACACACACACACACAC